AUGCUCACUGCGCCGAACCCUGUCUCGGGGUCAAUGAAACUCUUUCCCUGUCACACACACACAGCAAUAAAAAAUUCGCGGGCGAUUGACGACGAAGUCGUGAAUCAGAUCUCCAAGACCAAUCAGGCCAUCGACAAUGCAUCCGGAACCGUCAGGGAUUGCGGUUCCGAAAACGCCCUUUUACGGUGCGGAUGCCUGAAGGAUGUAUAUAAGCCAAUCAAGAAGCAUCAACCAUUUUUGCGUCAGCUACCUUCAUGA